UGGCCGAGAUGGUGAAGCUGUUCAUCGGGAACCUGCCGCGGGAGGCGACGGAGCAGGAGAUCCGCUCGCUCUUCGAGCAGUACGGCAAGGUGCUGGAGUGCGACAUCAUCAAGAACUACGGCUUCGUGCACAUCGAGGACAAGACGGCGGCCGAGGACGCCAUCCGCAACCUGCACCACCACAAGCUGCACGGCGUCUGCAUCAACGUGGAGGCCAGCAAGAACAAGAGCAAGGCCUCCACCAAGCUGCACGUGGGCAACAUCAGCCCCACCUGCACCAACCUGGAGCUGCGGGCCAAGUUCGAGGAGUACGGCCCCGUCAUCGAGUGCGACAUCGUCAAGGACUAUGCCUUUGUGCACAUGGAGCGGGCGGAGGACGCGGUGGAGGCCAUCCGCGGCCUGGACAACACCGAGUUCCAAGGUAAGAUAUUUGCGGCUGGACGUCGGGUUCCUGUUGCACAUGAAAUCUGUAUCAUGCGUGUCAAACUGUGCUGGGCUUCAAAGCAUACCUAUUGCAGCUAAUGAAUUUGUUCCUAAUGGACACUUCAGCUUCUUCAUAGUCUAGCGAGAAGUAACUUAACUUCCCCUUUUUUGUUUUUAUUUUUCAGGAAUUGCUUUGAGUUAGUUUUGUGGCCUCUGUUUUCCUCUGGCAGCAGCCUUUCCCUAACCCGACUGCCUUUCCUCCGUGCUGCUUUCUAGCCCCAGGCCACCCCUAGCUGGUCUAGGCUCAGGUUUUGAGCUAGUGUAGCUGUAGUACGAGCUUCGCUUUUCUGUUUCCCCUUCGGAGACAUGCUUGGAGCUACUCUCUUCCUCUUGCAGUUUGCUCUGUAGCGUCCCUUUUCUUUUUUAAAAAAGAACGUGUUAUAUUUUUUAAAGGGUGAAUAAUCAGUCUUAACUUUUUAAUACUAAAUAAUGUAGCUUACUUGAUACUGCUAAGCCCUGCUCCCUUGAGCCCUGGCCUGUGUUGUGCCAUCUGUGCGGAAAAGACGACAUUAUGUUUGGAACGUAACCUGUGAUUCUCCUCUCGGAGGUUUAGCGUUGCUUGAACA